CGAGCGUGACGGGCGGAGGGCGGGAGCGGAUCCCGCAGCGAGCAGCGACUCGGUUUUCGUCGCCUCCGCAGCGCCCGUCGGGAGGCGGCCGGGCAGCGCCGCCGCCGAGCCCCCCAGCCCCGCCGCCCGCUCCCCGAGCCCGCCGAGCGCCAUGGCGGCCGCCGAGCCCAGCAGCGGCCGGUACCAGCAGCUGCAGAACGAGGAGGAGCCGGGUGAGACGGCAGCUGUGGUGAGCGACGCCCCCCCGCCCUACAGCAGCAUUUCUGCAGAGAACACAGCUUAUUUUGGCUACAAGGAUGAGUCAGGAUUUCCUAAGCCUCCAUCUUACAACGUGGCCACAACACUGCCCAGCUACGAUGAGGCAGAGAGAACCAAGGCUGAAGCCACAAUUCCCUUGGUUCCUGGAAGGGAUGACGACUUUGUGGCACGGGAUGACUUUGACGACACCGACCAGCUGAGGAUAGGAAACGACGGCAUUUUCAUGCUGACUUUCUUCAUGGCAUUCCUCUUCAACUGGAUCGGAUUUUUCUUGUCUUUCUGUCUGACUACUUCAGCUGCAGGACGAUAUGGGGCCAUUUCUGGGUUUGGUCUGUCUCUCAUUAAAUGGAUCCUCAUUGUCAGGUUCUCCACCUAUUUUCCCGGUUACUUUGAUGGCCAGUAUUGGCUUUGGUGGGUCUUCCUUGUCCUAGGUUUUCUGCUGUUUCUCAGAGGAUUUAUCAAUUACGCAAAGGUUCGGAAGAUGCCAGAUACUUUCUCUACUCUCCCCAGAACCAGAGUUCUCUUCAUUUACUAAAGCUGUUUGGGGCAGAUGUCUUCCUGCGCUGGCCAGCUCUCCGCCCAGGAGCCGCGGGACACCUGCGGGAAGUGAAUCAAGACUCUGGAGCAGAAGAAAAAAUAAUCACCUGCUUUAAAAUAAAUAAAUAAAAGUACUGUUGGAAAUUUAAAACAAAAAUAGAGAAGCAUUUCUUUCUAUUUGUUUCUAGAUGUCAGAUUUUAAUAAUUAAUGCAGAAUUCUGUAAUCAUUGACUCGUUAGUGGCUGAUGUUGGAAGCAGCUGGUGCGGUGCAGUCCGUGCCGUGCCGGUGCAGCCUCCGCAGCGUCGGGCGCUGGUUUGGGCAGCGGGGCCGGCAGGGCCAGGAUCGGCUGUCGAUCCGCUCCGGGCCGUGCCAAGGGGGUGAUGAUGUCAGCGGUGAUGUCAUCGCUCUGCUCACACAAAGACAUGAUGAUGUCAGCGGUGAUGUCAUCGCUCUGGUCACACAAAGGCAUGAUGACGUCAGCGGUGAUGUCAUCGCUCCGGUCACGCCGGCGCUGGCUGGGGAACGCGGGGCCGUGCGCUGCAGGUUCCUGCGGUGGGACUGGAGCGAGUGUUAUUCCCAAGGGGGCACAAGUGUUCUUUUUUACUAGUCUGUAUUCUCGUGUUGUAGUAUACUUUACCUUCAUACUACCGACUUUUUGGACUAUAUAGGGACUUUCACGGUACACAUGGGUAGUGUAAAAAGGAAAGAUCACAUUGCAAUUUGUACAAAAAAUUACCUUGCAAAACAAAGGCCUUUUAAAUUUUUUCUUUGGCUUGGGACUUUUGAGACAAUUCCUAACAUACCUGUAAUUCCCGCUUUUAUAAUUUGUGUUAGCAGAGACGAUGAUGCGUUAUAAAUGUAGACUCAAUGUGCACUUCUGUGCUUUCUGCCGAGUGGUAAUUCACUUUGGAGUUUUACGAUGUUAAAACUGUAAAUAUAGCAGAACGUUAAUAAAUGUCACGUAGCAAA